AUGCUACGGAACGCGGAUUCUAUAUGGCGUACAAGAGCUACCUUUGCGGCCGCCACGCCCGCGCGACGGGAAGGCAUUGCACAGCGGAGAUGCUUUGCUCGUGUGGUGGAUCUGGAGCUGGAGGACAUGGAAGGAAGAGGCGGGUGGCAGGAUGAGCGUCACGCACCUCCAGCAACAACGAGGCGGACGGGACGGGCUAGUCACGCCUAUAUGGGCGUUAUCAGCACGCAGUCACCAAAAAUUACCAAGAUCCAGGAAUUGAUCUCGAACAUCAAGCCUGAGGCUAUGCGAGCUUCGACGCGGCCAACUAGCCAUCCCUCGCUGUUGACCGUGUUGACCACUCCAAGCUAUGCGAAGCACGCAUUGUCCUCAGGACUACCCACAGAGAUCCUUGAACGGUUUGGCGACAACCCCACGCGUUCGAAGCCUUUGGAUGCCAUUGUUGCCGUUGUCGACCGGCUGCCACUGCCAGCUGGAUCGCUGAAAGGCACCGAAGGUCUGGCAUAUGCCUUCGCUCCAGACCCAGGCCGGCAACUCAGCUCGACGCCAGUUCCGUUGAACACGUCGGCUCAGAAGCCUGGCACAUUGAGCUUCGCACUACCGCCGGUCGCAGAACUCACAUCCGUGAAGCCAAGGAACACUGUGACCACUAUUCAGAUUCCUUUAGCACAAACUAUAUUUUCCAAUGGACUUCCUUCCACUUUGGUACACAGCCACUAUCAUUUUGACCCUCUCAGUGGCGCCCUCCGCAAGUCCGCUUCCCAGCGUCUGGAGUCGCAGACGCUAGAUCUUUACGUAGGCAGCCAGCCGACCGAAUUGGCGGCAAGCAUACCAUUGAUACCCCUGACCCCUCUUCGUGAGGUGCAGCACUCAAUGGGGAAUAUCAUUCAAAAGGUGUCUCUGAGCCAAUUCCCUGAGCGCUCUCUUGAAUCUGAAGUUCCGAAUGGACGCAAGGCUCACGGUCUAGCCAGGGCCGAAGAUGAGCAGCCUACACUAGUUCCUGCGUCGCAAGAGUUGGAAGAAGCGGUUUCGGACUAUUUCAGAUUUGUCGGCAUUGCGCCGCAGCCCGUGCAGGUCUGGGCUGUCAUAUUGACAGCCUCAGCUCGUGAAAGCAUCAAUCGGCGAGCAGGUACAGACGAGGUACACAAAGCAACCAAGCGUCUCCUGGCCUCAGAAGAAGAAGGUGUGCGGCAACAGUGGGCAUCAACUGGUAUCGAGCGUGGCCUGUCCUCCGCCAUUCUGGAGGUUAUCGGACAGGGAGGCAGACUAUGCAGAGUGCUGUCAGGGGGCGGAGGAUGGGGAAAGAAAGCAGGGCUCCUCAGCCUCGAUCCGGAUGUUGAGUACAGUACACGAGAUCUCCGUGGCGAGACUGGCUGGAAAUUUGAUUUCGAAGGCGAUGAUUCCUUUGAAGCGGUUCAAAGACAACGUAGAGAAGCGCUUGGCGAGAUUGUGAGGGAGGGUGAUGGUGUUAUGUUUUUGUUGGCACCCAAGGAUGUUCAGCGUGACGCACUGGCACCUCAGAAGUCACAAAGCACACCGGGUUGUGCUGUCACUUUGGGCGUCGUGCCAUCUAGCAUCAACGAGUAUGCUAGCUCUUCGCCCAGCGACAACGGUCAUACGUCCAAGAUCGCUAACGAGCUUGAGCAUCAUGCAAACUUCUUUGGGAUGUUGUCUGAAGGUGGACUGGCAAUCAGUGUCACCGGUCCAAGCGACAAUGUUUUGACGCAAAGCAAGAUGGACGUUCCGUUCCAGCAACUUAGCGUCAUUGAGAAGGGUGAGUAG